GGUUUCUUAUAAGUGCUUCUGAGAAAGUGACGGAUAUGAAUCCAGCUGAGGAGCAGCCUGCGUGCAACCAGUACCCCAAGGAGGCGGUGAGGAAACGUCAGAGCUCGGGCCGAGGUUCCAGGGGCAGCGAUUCCUCCAGGACCUCCAGGAAGAGCUUCAGGCUGGACUACAGGUUAGAAGAAGAUGUCACUAAAUCAAAGCGAGGCAAAGAUGGAAAAUUUGUCAACCCGUGGCCAACAUGGAAAUCGCCAACCUUGUCAAAUGCUUUGAAGUGGUCCCUCACAGAAAAAAAUAACAGCAAUGUGCCGAGCUCAAAGCAGGAACUGGAUAAAGAGCUUCCAGUGUUAAAGCCUUACUUUGUUGAGAAGCCAGAGCUGGCCGGGAAGACGGGGACGGGGAUGCGAGUGACGUGGCUGGGACACGCGUCGCUCCUGGUGGAGAUGGACGAGCUCGUCUUCCUCACGGACCCCAUCUUCAGCCAGCGCGCGUCCCCCACGCAGCUGCUGGGCCCCAAGCGCUUCCGCGGCCCGCCGUGCACCGUGGAGCAGCUGCCCAGAGUGGACGCCGUCGUCAUCAGCCACACGCACUACGAUCACUUGGACUACCAGAGCGUGCUGAGCCUGAACGCGCGCUUCGGCGGCGAGCUGCGCUGGUUCGUGCCCCUGGGCCUCCUGGGCUGGAUGCAGCGGUGCGGCUGCGAGAACGUCAUCGAGCUCGACUGGUGGGAAGAGAACUGCGUGCCUGGGCGCGACGCCGUCACUUUCGUCUUCACGCCCUCGCAGCACUGGUGCAAGCGGACUGCCACGGAYGACAACAAGGUUCUUUGGGGCAGCUGGUCUGUCCUGGGGCCCUGGAAUAGGUUUUUCUUCUCGGGAGAUACCGGUUACUGCGUUGCUUUUGAACAGAUAGGGAAAAGGUUUGGACCUUUCGAUCUUGCAGCCAUCCCCAUUGGAGCCUAUGAGCCAAGGUGGUUUAUGAAAUAUCAACAUGUGGAUCCUGAAGAAGCGGUGAGAAUCCAUAUUGAUGUUCAAGCAAAGAAGUCGGUAGCAAUUCACUGGGGAACCUUUGCUUUAGCAAACGAGUAUUACUUGGAUCCUCCAGUUAAACUGAAUGAAGCUCUGGAAAGAUAUGGCUUGAAAAAAGAAGACUUCUUUGUCYUAAACCACGGAGAAUCACGAGACUUGAGCACAAAUGAUGAUGGGUUUGAAUAAUGAAACACUAGCAAUUCCUUACAAGCUUCCUUUGAUUUGAACUAGGAACUGAUAUUACAAAUGUUAAUUUAAUGUACUUACAAAGUAGUCUUUUGAAUGGAUUGGAUUUUUAGAUCUUGGGUUUGUUGGUUUCAUAACUAAAAGUUGCAUAGUGAUUUCAUGAUAAAUUUUCCUACUUAAAUUGUUUAUAAAUUAUGAGGUGAUCUAAACACUGGUUAAUGCAUAAGGUCUUGUCUAGGAAUAACUCUUUUAACUCUCAUGAACAUCACUGAUACUGUUCUUUUAAACACUAUUUCCAGCUCAUCUGUAACAGAAAUAAUAACCUCUGAACAGGACAUGUUCUUAGAAUUAAUGGCUGACUUGAAUUAAUCAUCAUUAAAAUGUCAUCUCCCACUUGUUGGUCGUUAAUCUUAAGGUUAUGCCCUGUACCUCGACAGCUUCCGUGUAUGUUUUGUGGGGAAAAGUCUUCCAAAAAAGCACAAGUACAGUAAAAUAAUGAUUUUACUGACUGCUUCUCCAUUUUCAUUUAUUGAGAACCACAAAGCUGAAUUUUAAAAUGACCUAAAGAAAUGUGCCUUUUAGAGAGA